GAGAGAAACAGCAGGCUGCUUAAAUGUCUGUUUCACCGCUUCACAUAGUCAGUACCCAGGGCGGGGAAAAGGGAACUUGCUCCUUGGGCAUCGCAAGCUUCUUGCUAGGAAAGGAACAGCACGACUGCUGUUUCACCUGCGGGGCACGCACAACCGGUAACCCUACCCAUACCCAUACCCAUACCCAUACCCAUACCACGCUACCCUAGAACGCCCUCAUCCAUAACUCUGUGAAGUUAAACGAGGGCGGAAAAACCAAAAAAUUUCCCAGCACCUCCCCCAAGCCGCUGAUUGGCCAAUUCGUCCCGACCCCCGCUUUCCACUCUGUUCCGAUACAAAGCUCGGAUUGUAAUUGGCUCUCCUCACGUAACUCACCACCUGAGGUCAGAGCCGCAGGCCUUGUGCGUACCCAAUAAUACACAUGAGGCGGGGUUAAAUCGAAGUGGGCGGGACUUAGUUGAUUCUACAGAGCUUGUGGGUGACAGCGCAAGUGGCAGAAGUGGGUAGUGUGCGGGCUCCACUUGUAAAGAAGCCGGAGAGAUCACUGGGGCGGAACUGACAGGAGACAAGAAUUUCCCAUCUCAUUGUAUGAGUCCAACCCCACUACAAUGGACCUGCUUCUGUAUGUGGGCGGCUUGCUGAUCUUCUUAUUGUUAUGGAUGAGAGCAAAAGGCUUUGAGUAUGUUAUUGUCCACCACAGAUGGAUAUUCGUCUGUCUUUUUUUGCUUCCCCUCUCCGUUAUUUUUGAUGUUUACUAUUAUGCACGGGCCUGGCUGGUGUUUAAAAUGUGCAGUGCUCCCAAACAGCAUGACCGCCGAGUAAAAGAUAUUCAAGAUCAGGUGCGCCAGUGGAAAGCAGAAGGAGGUAAGAAUUUUAUGUGCACUGGGAGACCAGGAUGGCUAACAGUGUCCCUACGGGUUGGCAAAUACAAGAAUACGCAUAAGAACAUAAUGAUUAACCUAAUGGAUAUCCUGGAGGUGGACACCAAGAGGCAGGUUGUCCGUGUAGAACCCCUGGUUAAUAUGGGUCAAGUGACAGCACUGCUUAAUUCUAUUGGCUGGACUCUUCCAGUUGUGCCAGAACUGGAUGACUUGACAGUUGGUGGCUUGAUUAUGGGAACAGGUAUUGAAUCCUCGUCCCAUAACUUUGGCCUUUUUCAACAUAUCUGUUUGGCAUAUGAACUUGUCCUGGCUGAUGGAAGCCUUGUGCGAUGUACUCCAACAGAAAAUUCAGAUCUUUUUUAUGCUGUCCCCUGGUCCUGUGGCACCCUUGGAUUUUUGGUUGCUGCAGAAAUUAAGAUUGUUCCUGCUAAGAAAUAUGUCAAACUACACUACACACCAGUAAAAGGUUUGGAAAAAAUAUGUGAGAAAUUUUCCAGAGAGUCCAAGAAUAAAGAGAACUAUUUUGUGGAAGGAUUAGUUUAUUCUGCUGAUGAAGCUGUAAUAAUGACUGGUGUCCUUACUGAUGAAGCACAAGCAGGUCAGGUAAACCGAAUUGGACAAUAUUGGAAGCCCUGGUUUUUCCGGCAUGUUGAAUCCUACUUAAAAAAUAAUCGGGAUGGGACGGAGUACAUUCCUUUACGGCAUUACUAUCACCGACACACCAAGAGCAUCUUUUGGGAACUGCAGGACAUAAUUCCAUUUGGCAACCACCCAGUGUUUCGUUACUUCUUCGGUUGGAUGGUGCCUCCAAAAAUCUCCCUACUAAAACUGACACAAGGAGAGACAAUCAGGAAACUGUAUGAGCAGCAUCACGUGGUGCAGGAUAUGCUUGUCCCAAUGAAAUGUCUGCAGAAAGCCAUUACAGCCUUCCACAGUGAGAUCAGUGUGUACCCAUUGUGGCUUUGCCCUUUCAUACUACCUAGCCACCCAGGUAUGAUUCACCCGAAAGGAAAUGAGGCUGAGCUUUAUGUAGAUAUUGGAGCAUAUGGGGAGCCAAAAACAAAGCACUUUGAUGCCAAAGGUUCUAUGCGACGUUUAGAAAAGUUUGUCAGAGAUGUUCAUGGUUUUCAGAUGCUGUAUGCAGACUGUUACAUGAGCCGUGAGGAAUUCUGGGAUAUGUUUGAUGGUGCUUUGUACCAAAAGCUACGAGGAAAAUUAAACUGCAGUAAUGCAUUUCCAGAAGUGUAUGAUAAAAUCUGCAAAGCAGCGCGUCACUGACAAGAAAUCUGACUGCUUGCAACAGAAACUUGACUCUGAUAGGGAGCAUUACAACCAAAUAUGGACACUUCUUUACAACAAACACAUUUACCACUAAUUGUGGCAGUCUUUUUCUUAUAACACCACCAGUCUACUCUGAAGACAUUUCCUACUACGGACAACAUCCUUAAACAGCCAAGGCUCACAGGAACUUAUAAGCUAUUCCUAAUUUAACUCUUAAUUUGUUUUUUUUUUUGGCUGUGCGUGAGACAUAAAUGUGUUAUAUGUGUGUGUUUAUGUGCUGAGAAAGCAAAUUUGUGUACUUUUCAUUAAAUGGCUUUAAUUGUA